AUGGACAUAAAGAUGGAGAAAAUAGACUCCGAGGACUUCAAAAAGGGGGAGGCUGAGAGGAGGGGACUGCUUCAAAACUACUGGGAGCAACUACUGCGGAAGCUUCCACAGAGCCGGCCGGGCUUUCCUAGUUCUCCGUGGGGACCAGCAUUAGCAGUACAUAUUUACAGCCCAGCCAUAUUUACAGAGCCAGCAAAUGAUACCAGUGGAAGUAAAAAGAAUUCCAGCCUUUUGUAUAGUAUCUUUUGGAUUGCAGCUCCCCAAAACAGACGCACCAUUGAAGUUAACCUAUGUAGGAGAAGAAACCCUCAGAAGCUUAUUAAAAAAAAGAACAAUAUAGAUGUUUGUCCUGAAUGUGGUCACCUGAAACAGAAAUAUGUCCUUUGUGGCUACUGCUAUGAGAAAGUGCGCAAGGAGACUGCAGAAAUCAGACGACAGACAAGGAAACAAGAAGGGGGGCCUUUUAAGUCUCCCACCAUAGAGACUAUGGUGCUGUACACGGGAGAGACGCCGUCUGAACAAGAUCAGGGCAAGAGGAUGAUUGAACGAGACAGAAAGCGACCAUCUUGGUUCACCCAGAAUUGGCACCAAAGAUGUUAA